GCCAUUACUAUAUUGGAAACGACAGGCUGUGGUCGGUCUUGGGAUAGUUAUAAUAAAAAUCGGUACAGGGCUUCCAUCUUUGAGGACAUGUAGAGCGGUCACUCGACUAUCUUGUCAAUAUAAUAUAAAAUCUUUGUCUUAUGGAUGGGUGGACUAGCUGCGCUACAAUAUUUACGGGUUAAACUGUAGCGGACAGAAUCGCCUCUGCUGUUUUUUAAAGGCAUAGAGCAGCAAAACGAGAUGAAGGGGCAGCAGAAGAGCCCGGAUGACGACGGUGACGUGCCCAUAAUCGAUGAAGGUGAGCACCAUAGAGAGUAUUCUAUGAUUUAUCAUAAUGGUGCUGUUGCCACGGCCGAYGACCCAACUGCCAUCACCACCAUCCAGUCUGCAGCCACCUUCUCGUCUGAUCAGCCWAUCAAGUACCUGUUCAAGACAGAAGGAGGCGGGUUGCCGGUAGGGGAGUUGUACCCUCCCUCAGGGCAGGUGACGUACCGGGUGAUCCAGGUGUCUGAUGGACAGGUGGACGGACAGACAGACGGCGCCUCUGCUGUUAGCGUGGUGACAGGCUUCCCCGCAACGACACAGACUGUCACACAGGCGGUGUUUUCUCAGCCUGAGGGACUGGAGGGGGAAGCCUCAGAGACUCACUACUACUACCCCGUCACUGAUGCCACACAGACUACCAUGGUUGAGAAUGUACAAGCUCCAGAAACACUGCUCACUCAGAGCACACCCACCGGUCAGCUAUAUGUGAUGAUGUCCCCACAGGACGUGUUGGGCGGAACAAACCAGAGCAAGUCAGAGCCUCCUCGUACAUCUAGAGAUGACAAGAGACGAGCGCAACACAAUGAAGUUGAGCGCCGACGCAGAGAUAAGAUAAACAACUGGAUCGUCCAGCUGUCCAAAACCAUCCCAGACUGCACCCUGGAUGCUACGAAGAAUGGGCAGGUGAGUUCCCAGAGUAAAGGAGGGAUCCUGUCCAAGGCUUGUGACUACAUCCAGGAGCUGCGUCAGAGCAACGCCAGACUGGGGGAGGACCUGGAGAAUCUGGAGAGACUACGCAUGGACAACCAGUUGCUCAGACAGGAGGUUGAUGAUUGGAAAACCAAGAACCAGAUGAUGAGAAGCCAGCUGAGACAGAACGGCAUUGUGGGAGCAGCAGGUGUAGAUCCACAGUGAGGGAGAAGUGACAAAGGUGCCUGUUCGAGGGCUYUGUUUGAAUUGUCAGAAAAUACACCCUCCUUUCCUCACUUGAGGUAGUAACUGAUCUGUAUGUGAUUGGAGAGGKGAAACGUAGGGUCCCAAUGACACCAACCCAGUCAUCUUAUAUCUGUAAUUUCAUCUAGGAAGGAUGUAUUUGGAAAGCRUUCGAACAAGGUCUAGGAUGUUGUGGACAACUGUUGGAAUACGACAACAUUGGUCAGUGGAGGCGGUUGUAUGCAGAGGGUGGCUUCCAACAAAUCUGGACUGCACGCKUUUUGGAUCUCCUCCGUGAUGUUUUCUUCCUUGACAAUUUUAUGGACUCCCCAUGAUCAUGGACAUUCAUCCUACCUAGAAAAACACUUAAGCUACACAGGCAUAAUACUCAUGUCUGUGUUCUUUAUCACCUUUGAAAUAAAAWGUAUUUUGUGAUCCCUCAAACAACUUGCCCAUAUAUGGGUAUUUGUACGCUCUUGCCACACAUUAUUUGAAAGAAAAAAAUGUGAUGCCUUUUAUGUUUGAAAUAAAAUAUUUGAUGAAAAGGCUUAUUUAAAUGCUAGACUGAACCAAACAMCAUGUCUGUUGGUUGACUGUUUCACUACCAGCUGACUGACACUGGUGUUCUACUUCAGUUUGUAUCAGUCACUGAGCAAAUAAUGAAUUUGAUGGUUCGUUGUGUAUUUUUAGUUUUCCAAAAUUUGGGACUAACCUAUUACGUUAAUACCACCUUCAGCCUCUAAUAUUAUUUUGUGUUAUAGGUUGAUUUGUUGUAAUUUCUAUUAAAUUCAUCUGAAAGAAA